UUUAACAUUUGUCGUUUGUUGUUUCGGAUUUUUCAAAGAUCUUCGACCGUCGGAAGCAUAUUUGACAACAUUCUUAACAAGCGAAUGGAAGAAUUUAACUUUAGAUCAAGUAAAUAAUGAAAUAUAUCCUUGGUGGACAUAUUCAUACGCAAUUUGGCUUAUUCCGGUGUUUACAUUCACGGACUAUUUUCGUUACAGAUCGUUACUAAUUUUAGACGCAGGUGCUUAUAUAAUGACAUGGGUUCUCAUUCUGUGGGCCCAAGGAAUACCAGCUAUGACGGUCAUGCAGGUAUCAUACGGUCUUGCCACUGCUGGAGAAAUUGGAUAUUUUUCUUAUCUGUAUUCGAUGGUGGAUAAAAGUCAUUUUCAAAAGGUUGCUAGCUUUACCAGAUGCUUCUCUUUGGCCGGACGCUUUACGGCAUAUCUUUUAGGACAGUUUAUAGUUUCGUAUAAAAUUCUUGAUCUGUUUCAGCUGAACGCGUUUUCAUUUUCAAGCGUUUCAUUAGCGUUUGCAAUAGCUAUAUUUCUACCGAAAACAAGAUCUAAAGAAAAUGUUGUCUCAGAGGUUAUUGUUGAAGGUCUUGAACACACAUCCGAAGAAGAAAGUAAUAAUGUAAUAAGUGACAUCAUAGACAAUAAGAGCGUAGUAAUUAAAAAUGUACAAAAGCAGUCAAAUUGCGUUGCUGAUGGUAAUGAAUAUUCCAGACCUUCAGAAUCACGUGUUGCCAAUGAUUUGAAUCAAUACGCAAAUGGCAUCAAGGAAGCUGAAAGACUUGACGAACAUUGUUUCAAACAUCUUUUUGAAGAAAGAAUAACAGACUGUGAAUUAAAUGGACACGUAAAAAGGGACAGUGGUAAAAAUGAAGAUUCAACUUUAUGUUCACUCUCUUUGACUGAUGAAAAUGUCAAAUCUUUAAGAAACGUAAGUGAUAAAAAUGACUCUGUGUGCAUAAACCCUGAUGCGUCGGGUGAUGAAGUUUCCACUCAUAACACGUCUGCUUCCUACAAUGGUAUAUUUAUAACAAUUAUUAAUUUUCUUCAUACCAUUAAACGACAGAUAAAAGAGUCAUACUCUAACAGAACAGUGUUGAUAUGGUCGGCGUGGUGGGUGACAGCAUCAUGUGGUAAUUUACAAGUUGGAAGUUACAUACAAAACCUUUGGGAAGUUAUAGCGCCGCAUGAACAAAGUUCUAAUAUUUAUAACGGGGCGGUCGAAGCAGCCGGUACUUUGACAGGAUCUAUAUGUGUUGCUCUAGUCGGCUUCAUACCGGUACACUGGGCAAAGACUGGCAGAAGUGAAGCCUUGAUGACGUCAGUGUGCGCUAUCAAGGCCAUCAUACUAGUUGUCAUGGCAACUACGAAGGAGAUAUGGGUCUCGUAUGUCUUGUAUGGAAUAUUCCGAGUGUUAUACCAAGUUGCAAUCACCAUAGAAACGGCGGAAAUUGCUAAAGCGCUAACAGGUUCUCACUAUGGUUUUGUUUUCGGAUGUAACAUGUUCUUGGCACUUGUCAUUGAAUCCAUAUUCACCGCAGCUGUUGUGGACGACGUCGGGCUUGGUGUAGACGUUAGAACUCAGUUUUUGGCUUAUGGUGGAUAUUCCGGUGUUAUGUUCAUUAUUUUCUUUGCUGUUACCAUGGUAACGUUGUACGUAAAACACCGAGAAGGAACAGAAAAAGAAGAUGCCUAAAAUAUUAGUCGGUUUUAAAAUUAUUAUUUAAAUGAAUAAAUAGAACUAAAUAUGCAGUUCUAGAAAUCUGUAGACAUUAUUUUUUUUUAAUUUCGAAUAUUUACAAAAUCAAUUGACAUUUGAUUUCAAGAUGAUCAAAUCAAUACGGUGUUUAAUCAUUACAA